AUGUUCAUGACGUUCAGAUGCGGUAGCCAGGAGGACGCAAACGAGAUGCAGAAUGUUCGCGUAACGGAUCGCACGGGCCGGCCUAAUAACACAUCCCGUGUAGCGUGCGUUUCCUGCCGCAAGAAAAAGGCAAGAUUCCCAUUUCUGACAUUCACUACCUUGCCGCGACAAAGUCGGAUGUCGUCGGUGCCAACAGCGUGGCACGCGAUGUGUAUACGAUGCCCACACGAGUCGAGGCGGUAG